CAGUUCAGGGCUCCGAGAGGAGAGCAACAGCCCAGAGAGCGAGCGAGAGAGAGAGAGAGAGAGAGAGAGCGCGAGGAGGUAGAGAGAGACCAGGUGUGAACACAGGAGGGUUGCCAGUUUUUAAUCCCAAUCCCACACUUCAAGAAAGUGCCUCUCCGUUUCAGCGAGGAUGGAGAACGCACACAUGAAAGAGUCGCCAGACGUUCUGACUCACUUUGGCGUCACUGAAGAAAUCGGCCUUUCACCCGAGCAGUUCAAGAAGAACCUGGAAAAGUAUGGCUACAACGAGCUGCCGGCGGAGGAAGGAAAGACCAUCUGGGAGUUGGUGGUGGAACAGUUUGAGGACCUGUUGGUCAGAAUCUUACUGCUGGCCGCCUGCAUCUCUUUUGUGCUGGCGUUGUUUGAGGACAGCGAGGAGACCGUCACUGCCUUCGUCGAGCCCUUAGUCAUCCUCCUCAUCCUCAUUGCAAAUGCUGUCGUUGGAGUGUGGCAGGAGCGCAAUGCGGAAAGUGCCAUUGAGGCCCUGAAGGAGUACGAGCCCGAGAUGGGGAAAGUUUACCGGUCGGACAGGAAGAGCGUUCAGAGAAUCAAGGCCAGGGAGAUCGUUCCCGGGGACGUGGUGGAGGUUUCCGUUGGUGACAAAGUGCCAGCUGACAUCAGGCUCAUCUCCAUCAAAUCCACCACCCUGCGCGUGGACCAGUCCAUUCUCACCGGUGAGUCCGUCAGCGUGAUCAAACACACCGAUGCCGUGCCCGACCCCCGAGCCGUCAAUCAGGACAAGAAGAACAUGCUGUUUUCCGGAACCAACAUCGCUGCAGGAAAAGCCACCGGCAUCGCCGUCGCAACCGGCGUCUCCACUGAGAUCGGAAAGAUCCGCGACCAGAUGGCUGCCACCGAGCAGGAGAAGACGCCUCUGCAGCAGAAGCUGGACGAGUUCGGAGAGCAGCUCUCCAAGGUCAUCUCCCUCAUCUGUGUGGCCGUGUGGAUAAUCAACAUCGGCCACUUCAACGACCCCGUCCACGGGGGCUCCUGGAUCCGCGGGGCUGUCUACUAUUUCAAGAUUGCCGUGGCUCUGGCUGUGGCCGCCAUCCCCGAAGGUCUGCCCGCCGUCAUCACCACCUGCCUGGCUCUGGGGACGCGUCGCAUGGCCAAGAAGAACGCCAUCGUCAGGAGCCUCCCCUCCGUGGAGACCCUGGGCUGCACCUCGGUCAUCUGCUCCGACAAGACCGGCACCCUCACCACCAACCAGAUGUGUGUGACAAAGAUGUUCGUCAUCGAUAAAGUCGAUGGGGACAACGUCUCCCUCGGCCAGUACGACAUCUCGGGCUCAAAGUACACCCCCGAGGGAGAAGUUACGAGGAACGGCUCGUCGGUGAAGUGCGGCCAGUACGACGGGCUGGUGGAGCUGGCUACCAUCUGCGCCCUGUGCAACGACUCCUCUCUGGACUACAACGAGUCGAAGGGCAUCUAUGAGAAAGUGGGCGAGGCCACUGAAACGGCGCUGUCCUGCCUGGUGGAGAAGAUGAACGUGUUCAACACCGAAGUGCGCGGCCUGUCCAAGGUGGAGAGGGCCAACGCUUGCUGCUCUGUGAUCAAGCAGCUGAUGAGGAAGGAGUUCACCCUGGAGUUCUCCAGGGACAGAAAGUCCAUGUCAGUUUACUGCUCUCCUGCCAAGUCCGGCAAAGGCCCCGUAGGAAACAAGAUGUUUGUCAAAGGGGCUCCAGAAGGUGUCAUUGACCGCUGCGCCUACGUCCGCGUGGGCACCGCCCGCGUACCCAUGACCGGCCCGGUCAAAGACCACCUGCUGUCGGUCAUCAAGGAGUGGGGCACCGGGCGGGACACCCUCCGCUGUCUGGCACUGGCCACCUGCGACACGCCGACGAGGAAGGAGGACAUGAAACUGGAGGACGCCACCAAGUUCAUCAACUACGAGACUGAAAUGACCUUUGUGGGCUGCGUUGGCAUGCUCGACCCGCCCCGUAAGGAAGUCAUGGGCUCCAUUGAGCUGUGCCGGGCCGCCGGUAUCCGCGUCAUCAUGAUCACCGGUGACAACAAGGGCACGGCCGUGGCCAUCUGCCGCCGCAUCGGCAUCUUCACCGAGGACGAGGACGUCACCGGCAAGGCCUUCACCGGCCGCGAGUUCGACGACCUCGACCUGUACGACCAGAAGAUCGCCGUUCGGAAGGCCUGCUGCUUCGCCAGGGUGGAGCCGUCCCACAAGUCGAAGAUCGUCGAGUUCCUGCAGGGCUUUGAUGAGAUCACCGCCAUGACCGGUGACGGAGUAAACGAUGCCCCCGCCUUGAAGAAGGCGGAGAUCGGCAUCGCCAUGGGCUCUGGCACUGCCGUUGCCAAGUCUGCCUCCGAGAUGGUCCUCGCCGACGACAACUUCUCCUCCAUCGUGUCCGCCGUCGAGGAGGGCCGCGCCAUCUACAACAACAUGAAGCAGUUCAUCCGCUACCUCAUCUCCUCCAACGUCGGCGAGGUCGUCUGCAUCUUCCUGACGGCGGCGCUGGGUCUGCCCGAGGCUCUGAUCCCCGUCCAGCUGCUGUGGGUCAACCUCGUGACCGACGGUCUGCCCGCCACCGCGCUGGGCUUCAACCCUCCCGACCUGGACAUCAUGGGCAAAGCCCCCCGCUCGCCCAAAGAGCCGCUCAUCUCCGGCUGGCUCUUCUUCAGAUACAUGGCCAUCGGAGGUUACGUUGGUGCUGCAACCGUCGCAGCAGCCGCCUGGUGGUUCCUGUACUGUGACGAAGGCCCGAUGGUUUCCUUCCACCAGCUGUCCCACUUCAUGCAGUGCAGCGAGGACAACGAGGACUUUGAGGGGAUCCACUGCGAGGUGUUCGAGGCUGCCCCCCCGAUGACCAUGGCUCUGUCUGUGCUGGUCACCAUCGAGAUGUGCAACGCACUGAACAGCUUGUCUGAGAACCAGUCCCUGGUGCGCAUGCCCCCCUGGAGCAACCUCUGGCUGGUGGGCGCCAUGACACUCUCCAUGUCCCUCCACUUCAUGAUCAUCUACGUUGACCCCCUCCCCAUGAUCUUCAAGCUCACUCACUUGAACGUGGAGCAGUGGCUGAUGGUGCUGAAGCUCUCCUUCCCAGUCAUCCUCAUUGACGAGGUUCUCAAGUUUGUGGCUCGCACGUAUCUGGAGGGGAAAGUCUAGAGGGGAGGAGCGACGGAGGAGAAGCAGAGCGAGCGAGGAGAAGCAGAGCGAGCGAGGAGAAGCAGAGGCUGGAGAGAGAACAGCUGAGCGCUGAAGGAGCAGAUCAAAACGUCGAGUGGCAUGAAUACAAAAGAAAAACACAUGCGCCAUCUGAAAAUACACCAAAAGAAAGCUGCAAAAUAUUUUUCUGUGUAUGUACUGAAGUUAAUAUAUAUAUAGGUGAGAGUUAUUAAAACUAUUGUGUUGAUUCUAUUCUUAAAGAAUAAAGAUAUGUAUUAAAGAA